AGAGCAUAUUAUAUAGAUACCUAUUCUAUAAUCUAUAUCCGUACCGCAGGGAAAAGUCAAAACACGUGUUUUGAUAGUAGAUUUAGAAUAUAAUUUGUUCGCUGACUCGCUUGCAAUCCGGAUCGCCAGUCACAGGCCAUAGACACUUGAACCAGUUUUACAGAUUUUUCAAGUGACCAAUGAACGACAAUAAUACCUAAGAAGUUAUAACCAAGAAAAGUGGCUUUCACGAUGGAAUCCGAUUCGAACUAUGAACCGGAGCCCGAAGAGAUCGCGGAAACAAACAAAAAACCGCACAAGUGCGAAUAUCCUGGGUGUACUGCUGCAUUUUCCAGACCUUCUCGCCUCGAACAACAUUUGAUGGUUCAUCAAAACAAGAGGCCAUACAAGUGUAAACAAGAAGGAUGCGACAAGGCAUACAGUAAUCCAUCACACUUGAAACGUCAUGCACAAUCUCACAGUGAAAUUGCAAAAACUUACAGCUGUUGCGUAUGCUCCGUUAAAAUCAGUACAUUAAGUAACUUGAAACGCCACUACAACCGAGCCCACAAUACUGAACGAGAACUGCACUGCAUGGAAUGCAACGUAUAUUUUAGAAAGAAAAAUCGUUAUGAAGAGCACAUGGCAGCUCACAAACACGAGUCUAAGUAUAAAUGUGGUAUCUGCGAAAAAGAAUAUCUAAGCCACACAAAGCUCAAAAAACACCAGGAAAUUCAUAAUAAAAUUUACGAAUGUCCCAUUGAAAACUGCCCAAAAACUUUUACAAAAUGGGCACUUAUGAUAAAGCACAAAAGAAAAGAACACAUUAAUAAGUAUCCAUGUCCAGAAUGUGGAAAGGAGUUUCUAACUAAGGCUUGUUUGAGGCUUCACGCUGAAGUUCAUUCAGAAGAUAGACCAGCUAUACCGUGUCCAUAUGAAAAAUGCACUCGUCUUUACUACUUCAAAAGGAAUCUAGAUCAGCACAUUCGCAGAAAACACAACGGUCAAAAGUUCAUUUGUGACAUAUGCAACAGAUGCCUAUCUACAAAACAGAAAUUGCAAAACCAUAUGAUCGCACAACACCUAUCUGAAAAGAAACCCUUCAAAAGGAAACCUCCAGCACCUAGAAAAGAUACUGGACAAGCUAGGAGAUCUGCGUUAUCUGAACUCACUGGUCUUUAUUUGUCUGUCAAGGCUGAAGUACAACUGAUGAAGAGAAAUCCUACAGCGUUACUGAGAGACGCGAUGGUCGAGGAAUCGGUCUCAGAAGAUGACAGAGUUUCCGAUACAAGUGCCAAAGGUGCCUAAACGUUAUGACCUAGAUUAUGAAAUUUGCAGCUUCUAUCUGCCUAAAAUAAGAAUGUACAAUAUAAAGACUGUUCUAUAUGUAUAAGCAUCGGUUAGACGAAAAAUAACCAAAUAAACGAGUUAUCUAUUUUUCUCCAAAAA